AUGGAGAAGGCUAUCAAGACUACGCAUGAUUUCAAUGGCACCGUAUUGAAAACCACUGAAGAAGUUUGCAAUCUGGGAAUCCAUAUAAACUCGGAGACGGAUUUUCGUCGCCACAUUAGUACCUCUGUAAAAAUGCUUUUGGUAGCACGGGUCACAAGUAUAGAGCCCCAAUACAAAAAAGCUCCCGGAAAAUUAGAGAAGGUUCAGCGAGCCUUCACGAAAAGACUGCUGCAUCGCUGCGAUCCUAAUCCAGCCUGUCGUCCCGUUUUCGAUGAUAUAGUAUUUUGCUUCAAAUUGCUGGAAGGCGAACUGAAACCAAGUAGUGGGCGUUUAGGCCUUGUAGAGGCUCUCUUCUUUGGGGCGACGUGGCUUCAGCUGCUCCAGCUGGAGUUCUCGUGCUCGAAUAUUUCCGUUUUCAAGAGCAAGCUGAGAGAAGCUGAUUUGCUAUCUAUUCUUGGUAUUCAAGAAUCCUGA